AUGAAAUCAAUUCACUACGCAUUCACAUGCCCUGAGGUUGUUUCAGUUCAGUUGAUGGAUGAAGAUGAAGAUGUACAGGACAAAGCAAAGGGUAGCAUUUUUGAGGUGAAAAGUAUUGAAAAUCAAAAACCAUUGGAGAAUUUGAUGUUCAGGAAUUAUAGUUUAAGACGGAUUGUUUUAAUGGUUUUGUUGACAGUAUCACUCUUGGUGUUGCCACUGGUUCUGCCGCCACUUCCUCCGCCACCGCCAAUUCUUCUUCUUGUCCCAGUUUUGAUCAUGGUUUUGCUGAUUUUAUUGGCCUUUUCACCUUCAAAAUUGCCCAAUAUUCAUGUCCAUCCUGUGUGAUAAAAUCUGAGAAAAUCCCAGCGGAAAAUUCACGUAGGAGUCUAGAUCGAGUCACGGUCUCUUAUCUAAUCCCACGCUUCGUUCUACUUCUAUCACCGUUAUCAGUGAGACAUUUCAACUAAUAUACUGUGGAAGAAUGAAAUCUAUUUUCUCGAUUCUUAUGUUUUCAGGUCGAUUUGUCUGCAAAUCAUGCAAGUGAUGCUUCUAACUACACCGCUUUGAUCAAUUUAUUUUGAUGCAUUGUGUA